CGACAACAAACUGCCACAAACCCAUUUCGCCAGGAAAUACGUCACGUUGGGAGCCGAGCGGACCAACGUGUAUGCUUGAUUUGUAUCACCGUGGCGGUUGACGGGGGCGAGCCACAGAUUUUACAUUGCGGAAAGCGAAGUUCCACAUUAAUUCCUGGCUACGCCUGUACACAGAUCACGCGUCCCCACUCUCCAGGCAGGUGAUCCGUACAGCUGUGUGUGAGCGCCAUCUUGUGGCUAGCUGACAAACUCACAGGCGGACAAAACGUCUCACCGUACGGUAGAGGGGGCCAUAACGCAGAGCUCGCAGUCUGACUCUGACUCGCAUGGUUGUGUCUAACCCAGCCUGGUAUCUAUGAAAUACAGCCCGCUUUCCACAGCUCCCCCUGUUAACACGGACCAAAGUUAUCCCGGAAUAAGGACAGCACGCAUGUGCCGUCAACCCGGAUGUGGAUAUCCGUGUGCGCGUCUUUCCCCAAUUUCACCAAGUUGUUGAAAAUUUGAUGUUAAUAAUGAAUAAUACAUUUUAGCACCGGAUGGACAAGGCUUUUCCGUUCCGAAUAGGUCCGAGCCGGGUUAAGUAGCCGCGGCGUGAACCGAUCUACGCGGAUGUCACGUAUUGGCGCCGCGUGCACGCUUUUGAUCUACGGCGAGAAAACAAGUGGGUAAACGCCGCGUUUGUCACUUUUGUCAUAACCUGUGGACAUCGCCGGAUCAUUUUCAGAAGGCGGACUCGUUUCGUGGCGUUUGUAAACUUCGGUUAAUUUUCACCGGGUUUCUCGCGCUCACGUCAACAUUGGGGCGAUUCGCACGAUGGACUUUCGCAGCAGGCGGCACGAGAGAGGCAGCAACUGGACCGAUCCGGAGAUCGUGGAGCUGCUCCAGCUGUGGUCCGACGAGUCGGUGCAGCUGGAGCUCGAGAGCUCGCUGCGCAACCAGCGCGUGUUCGACCGAAUAGCGCACAUCUUGCGCGAGAAGGGCAUCUACCGCACGGGCGACCAGUGCCGGGAGAAGAUCAAGAAGAUGAAGCUGGAGUACCGCCGCAUCAAGGACAACCACAAGAUGAGGUCCUGGAAGUUUUAUGACGUCAUGGACAGAGUGCUGGCCAACCGGCCGGCCAUCACUUACUCCUCCCUGGGCGGAGCCGUGAUCGCUCAACAGGUGUUCCAGAACCCCGGUGGGCCCGAGUCGUACCUGCAGGGAGCUGCCGUGGCCUCCUUCGGUCCGGCUUCUUCCGGCGGGUUCCUGUUUGGUCAGCCCCCCAAACCCGGAGAUCCACUGGAUAUAAAAUGUGAGGAUGUGGAGCACAGCAUGUUGAACCCAGACGUGGCGCCGCCUGAAAUGUACUAUGGGUCUGGAGAUGAGCAGGAGACUGAUGGCCAGUCUCUCCUGGAGCCGGAGGACACGCUCGGUCGAGCAGAGAGCUCCACAAAUGCUAGGACCUCACCUUCAGGUUUUAGUGACCUCAACAUUGCUGGUUCUGCCCCAGCGCUUUGCCAGGCCACAGGGGGUCCGGUGCUGCAGGACCCGUCUGAGCCGCCCAGGAAAGCGGGCCCCCCAGCAUCUACCAGGCAGAGGAGGCGUCGCCGUGGCAACAAACCGUCGUGGGGUCACGGUAGAUGCGGCGCCCAGGGGAGCCUGGACAAGGCGCUGGUCGGCUUCCUGACCUGGCAGCAGUCGGCGGAGGAGCGCCUGCUCUCCCUGGAGGAGGCGCGCCUGGAGAAGGAGCUGCAGGCCGAGGAGCGCAGGGAGCAGUGGGAGGCGAGGAGGGUGGAGCAGGAGCGCCAGCACGAGCUCCGCCUCUUCAGCAUGAUCACCGGGGCCCUGGUCGCAGUCAGACAGGCCGCGCCGGCGCCGGCCGCCGACGCCCCCGUCUCGCCUCCGUCGGCCGCCGCUUCCGUCUCCUCGCCUUUAUCUCGGCCGCCUUCGGAACCGCCCGCGGCUCCGGUUGCUUCCACUCAGGAGACGGUCGCCGCCGAGGCCUGCGAAAUGCCCCAUGAUUCCUUAGCAACGCCGAGAGCCAGCCAGAGUGCGUACCUGUCCAAACGUGGCAACAGCAUCCGUCAGCACCAGGGCAUUCUGCAGGAGGGCUUCAUUCAAUAUGGACUGGACAAAUACCACGACACAGACAAUCCUGAUGGUAUAAUCAACAUGGGGACCAGUGAGAACAAACUAUGCUGUGAUCUUCUUCACAAACGGAUGACACAGCCUGACAUGCUUCACGUUGAUCCAUCGUUGCUGCAGUAUCCAGACUGGAGAGGGCAUAAAUUUCUUAGGGAGCAAGUGGCAGAAUUCCUGACUCACUACUGUCGCUCGCCAAACCCACUCGAAGCCGACAACGUUGUGGUGAUGAAUGGAUGUGGUUCCCUCUUCUCGUGCAUUGCUGCAGUCAUUUGUGACCCUAAAGACGCCGUCCUCAUUCCCACUCCUUUCUACGGCGUCAUCACCGAGGAUCUGCAUCUCUACAGUGAUGUCAGACUCUUCCAUGUUCCUCUGGACUGUGAGGCUGACGGCGUGGACGGACGAGCGUUCCACCUCACCGUGGGGAAGCUGGAGGAAGGCCUGCGACGCGCUACGCAGGAGGGGCUGAUCAUCCGAGGGGUGAUACUGAUGAAUCCCCACAACCCCCUGGCUGAGAUCUACACCCCGGAGGAGAUGAUGGCCUUCUUGGAGUUCGCUAAAAGAAAUGAACUCCACGCCAUCGUGGAUGAAGUCUACAUGCUGACGGUCUUUGAUGAAUCCAUCAGCUUUCACAGCGUCCUCAGCGUCGACAGUUUGCCCGACCCCAUGAGGACACAUGUCAUGUGGGGGAUGAGCAAGGACUUUGCCAUGGCAGGAAUCCGAAUAGGCACGCUCUAUACUGAGAACAAAGACCUGGUGGAGGCUUUGGCCCAGCUGGGCUCGUUCCACGGUAUCUCCGGAACCACCCAGCACCAGGUUGCACAGCUUCUUCGGGACAGAGAGUGGAUCGACAAGGAAUUCCUGCCUGAGAACAGACGCAGACUGAGAGCUGCUUACGACUACCUGACAGGAGAGCUGAAGAGCAUGGGCAUCCCCCACCUGGUCAGACCUGCUGCACUGUUCGUCUGGGCCGACCUCAGAAAGCACCUCAGCGCGUCAUCCUUUGAGGAGGAGUUGUCUCUGUGGAGGUGUUUUCUCAGACACAAAGUGGUGUUAAGCUGCGGUCAGGCCUUUUCCUGCUCGGCGCCGGGCUGGUUCCGCAUCGUCUUCGCGGACCAACAGCACCACCUUCAUCUCGGCAUGAAACGAAUCAGAGAAGCAUUAAAAGAAGUAAAAGACAUAAGUAUCAGCCCUGAUUCACACUGCAUUAAAGGAGGCAGCGAGGCGAGGAAACAGCCAGUGAAAGAGGACAGUGACGACUCGGACAAUACCACGACUGUGAAUUCAACAUCCUCACCCCAAAGCAAGUCACCAGACCAGCUGACGGAGGAGGAUAUUCCCGUUCCAGGCACAGGCUUGAUGGCCACCGAGGAGCUCGACUGCCAAGCGUCAAAGCCCUCAGAGGGUCUGGACGCACUUAUUGGUACCCUCAGGCACCAGAUCCGCUCCUCCGAUUGGCUGGAGAAAAACACUCCGGAGCUGUCUGCCGGGGAGGACCCAGAAAUUCUCGAUGUAUUUAAGGCCCUGCUUCAAAGAGCCAGAAAGUGAGCUUAACGCGGGAUAAACAGGCAUGAAUGUAGCUGCCAAAUACUGAGAGGCAUCCUCCGUGCUCCCCGUGGCAAUGAGCAAAAGCUCGACGCAAACACCUGACAAAAGGGCCUGAUACCUGUUUUUAAGGAGCGGAGGACAAACAGCGUCUGAGAGCCGGUUUAACAGGGGAGAGGACGAGAAGCAAUUCAAGGCACGGCCGGCGUGGAUGAACUGGGGAGCGCUUCUCAGGCUGCAUCGCCAGGCUUUAAUUUGAAGCUGCUAAUGGAGACGGGUGUUUGUUUGUGCACUCGAACUCCCAGCGAGAGCCGAAAGUAGAUCAACCAAAAUGAAUCGCAUUCUAUUUUCAGACAUUUGAGGUGUCUCAGCCUGAUCUGAUUGUAAAUCUUUAUUAUUGUGAUCUCAUGCACUUUAUUUUGCCAAACCACACAGUCCUUACUGUAAAGCUAAUAAAUUUAAAAAGAUGAA